AUGCGUGCGUGCGUUGCCACCGGGCGGUCCGCCCACCAGGGUUCGGAGAGUGGCGUGAGCGAGCCGUCGGUGCCGGACAUUGCGAUGGCAGCGUCCACGCUCAGCAGGAUGUCUCUGUCGGAGAUGGACUGGCCCGACGGCAAGGACAAGCAGGAGCCGUCGGGCUGCCCCGACCUCUACGACUUCUCGAGCAGUGUCGUGCACGUGUCGCUCGCGUCGGCGGAGAGCGGCGCCGCGACGCCCGCCAAGUACAGCGACCCGGCCAUGCCCGACCUGCACUCGUGCCACGGCGGCAACCGCGGCCGGAUCGGCGCCACGGGCGGCGGCAGUGGUGGCGGGGCGACGGCGGCGAGCCGCGCGGCGGCGUGCGUCGACCCGGCCGCCGGACACCCUGCGGCCGGCGCCGCGGCAGCAGCGGCGGCCGGCGGUCUGCUCUCCUGUCGGCCGCACGGCCGCCUGGCGCAGGAGGGGGCGGCCGCGGGCGCCGUGCCGCCGAUGCAGGAACCGCACUCGUCGCGGGCGUCUGCGCUUGGGCUGCCGCACUUGGAGUACGACUUGGUGCAGCACGUGGGAACGCAGGUGAACGGCGCCUCCGCCCGCCGACCCGCUGAGCCCGAGCUCAUCGAGGGCUGCCCUCUUCCCCAGCCGCAGGGCGACGCGGCGGAGGGGGGGGCGGCCGCGCCGCCCGAGCGGCCCGCGGACAACGCGUCUCAGAACUCCUCGCAGUGCCAGCAGCCGCGCGUGCUGCUGCAGGACCACUUUCGCAUCGUCAUCCACGAGGGGCGGCAGAGCAGCCCGACGGAGGGCCGCGAGACGCCCAUCCGCAAGUCUGCACUCUGAUUGUCGGGGGUGGGGGAGGGUGGGGUGGGGGGCUGCCCUCGCAACCGUUUCGCCGUCCGAGCUCAACACCGGGAGGAGUGGCCAAGCGCCGGCUGGCCCCGCAGGCGAUGCCCUACGUGUCUUGGCCCGGUGUUCGUCCAUUCGGGAGGAUACCCCUGUCUGCUAAGCCCGGGGUAUUGUGCUUCAAACAAGCUCCACAAAUUAAAAAAAAAACUAAUCCCAAUGUAAAAGUUGGCAGUGUUGCUGGAAAAUAUUUCACAACUUUUUUUUUUCUUUGGCAUUUCUGGGAUGACUAUCGCAGUCUACGUUUUUUUUUUCAAAGAGAGAAGCUGCUAAUGAAGCUGUAAUUCUGAAUGGAAAUGUUUCAACCCGACUAUCAUUUUGGGCAUGCUGAACAGACAGUAAAUAUCAUAUGUGUGGGUACUAUUUUAUUGACUUUUUGUGUUCAUACCUUUCACAAAAACAGAUUAUUAUUUUUAGUGCCGAUGUUUAGGGCAUCGAGCAUGCUUGUUGGGUCAAAGUAUACAAUGCAUCCGUACUUUUUAUCUUCAAACAGCAUUAUUAAGUUUUGCAUUAUUUUGUACCGUGUAUCACAAACUCAUUGACAGUCCAACUUUUAUGUUUUGUGUAUUAACCACAGGCAUAUAUUAUCCACUGUGUGGCUCUUCACAUAUUGGAAUUUACAAAUUGUAUCCGCUCACACUUUAUUGUUUUUACAAUUUCCAUGUGUUAAGCUUUUGAAUUGAGAGCUUUUCCAGCAUUUUCGACAUUGCACACAGUGCCCUGGCUGUCGCAGCACAGCUGGAUUGGUGUGAUGCGUGUAUUAUAUACUUUAGUUUGGCAGGUUUCCAGAUUAAAAGAAGAGGAAGGAUUGUGUAUUUUAUUUUUAUUUUCAUUGAAGCCGUGUUCUAUUUAACCACGUGCGUUCAUUAUAAUUAGACUGCUUUAGCGGUGUAUAUAAUUAUUUUUUUCUGCAUUGCAUAUUUUGGACCGACGCAGUUGAACCCGCUUAAUAUUACUAUUUUCAUUAACUUGCACUAAAGAAAGGGAAUUGAUACCUAAUAUUGCUCUACUAUAUUCUGUGUUCACUUCAGGGGUUGUCCUCUUCCCUCUGUCAAAGCAUUGUCACCGUAAUAUUGUGGUUACACCGGAGCAUGUGAUUGUGGUGUAACCAGCUGUUGAUGCAACGAAAUAGAACCAAAAGCAAAUUUGAUAUGGCCAGUGGAAAAUUGACCUGUUGAUUAUUGUCAACAACAUGCUGGAUGGAUAUUUUUUUCUUUUAAAGAUAUUCAUAUAUCAAGAAAAAUGGCACUCUUGUCUGUUCAUUGUCCUACAUUUUUCAAACGAGCAAUGGGAUGGAACUCAAAUUGCACAACUGAGUCAUUUGUGAAAAUUCCUUUAUCCUAUUGCAAGCUUCAAGUCUCCGUGGGGCGACCACUCGACUAUUUAGUGAUACUUGCAGUCUUUCUGUUGUGAGUUAAGUGCUAUAACCACCAGUGCCCCUUAGCCAGAGCACCUGGCAUCCGUCUAAUGUAAACAUGGAGACUUUACAAUGUAGUAUAUUACCAUGUUGUGUAGUCUCCAUCGGCACAUUGGUGCGAAAUGUUUGGAAAAUGUACGAGUGACAUGAUAUAUAUUCAUUACACUGCUUAUAAAUACACUUUUAAAGAUAUUAUUCAGUAUGAAAGUGGAUGUCUAUCAGAGGAUUCUCUUCUAGACUCCUGCCAUUGAUAUUUUCCCAUCACUGACUUGCCUCGGCAACAUUAACGUUGUAAGUUGUGCUUUGAUUUUGUUCAAAUCGAGGGAGAAGUUUGACUAGAUUUUAUCCACUGAACUUAAUCGCUCAUGGAUUACAGCAGCACAUGUGCGUGCAGAUGCAUUUUUACUUGAUAUGGCAUUUUAACUGCAAUGGGCACACCGGUUAGCCCAUUACCACCUGUCAUUUGUCAUUGUCCAUAGGUGUUUGUGGACUUGGGUACGUGAAAACAAAUGUGGUGAUUUUUUAAGAAAAAUAUAGUGUCACUAUGGUUAAGCAAAUGCUCUUUUACCUUUACAUUGCCAUGCACGUUCCUGGAAAGUGUGUACAAUCCCUGGGAAUGUGGUACAUUAAGACUAAUGAACUAGAACUAAAGUGUUUAGCUUGAAGUGUGUGUUCUCAUCAUAAGACCCAGCUAGUGUCAUGCCGUGCAUUAUGACAAAGCAUUAUGCAUUCUAACCCAAUCAAAAUGCUUUACGCCGUCGUUCCACCCGGUCUCCAGCUGUAGCCUCCCUGUGGUGCCUUUAACAAGUUAACAAGGGCAUGGUGCGAUCCUGGUUUGGCCCUUGGAACUCGUCAUAAUGCGUGUCAAUUCAAUGGCGGAAGUAGUUGCACUGGAGAUAUAUUUUUUUAAGCAGCUUUUACUGCACAGUAUCUGGGUAAACUGGACUGCAGGGACGUAAUGUAUAGGUCAUUUUAACUUGCCCGCUAAUCUCUAGCAAAAAGUUAAGCGUUUCCCCACACCUCGGUACGAAGAUUCACGCAGUGGGAGGCGAAGGAUGGCGGAGCGUGCAGUGAAAUGCAAUGACAUGACCCCACGAUUACAGGGGCACCAUGAGCCACCCCUUGAAGCUUUUGCAAACAUCUCCUGUUUGAUGGCAAUCCGCAGAAUUGCAUAACGGAGGUGUUGUACGUUAACAAUAGCAUUUUUGGACAUUUUCUACUUUGGAAAUGGAAAGGAACCCGUUUUACACGUCAGUGUCUACUGCCAUAAUUACGUCAGCUUAAAAAUAAUUCCUUUCCUUGAAGCACGUUUUAUAGUAAUCAUUUACAUUUUGUUAUUGGGUUCAGUUGAUCAUUUUUUUUUUACAAAAUGUAUACAAUACUUCAGCUUGUAAAAAAAAACACAACUUCAUUUACAGUUGCAGUCAAUAAAAGGGACCUUGAGUAAUUUUGUUCGGAUGGAGAAAUGUGGAAAAUUAACUUGGAGACUCAUCCGACGUUUACGUCACAUGCUGGUUGUAUAUUUGAGUCCAAAUCCAGGUUGAGGCAAUGGAGAAGGGAGAGGGGUGACCGCUUAAACCUAACAACAUCGCGAUCGUGUUGACCCACAGAGCAAUGCAACCUGUGGAGCCACGGAUUAAUAUUCCGCCACCAUGGUUGGCGAACUCACGCAUUGCAAUGACAACCGUGGAGUAUUUGCAUCUUUUCUAGAUUUAAAGCUUUCGUGACUGCAUCUUUUGACAGUUUCGCUUGAGUUUUCAUGGCCAAACCUGAACUAAGCAUGAAGGUUAGAUAGCCUCGUGGUUAUGAGAGGCAGACUGCUAGGGUGUGAUGGUCCUGAUGCAGAAUAUGCAGGAAGCGUUGACAUUUAAGACUUGUUACACUUUUCAUUUAAUCGCGUGAGAACCGUAAGUAACUAUUUAGCGAGGAGCAGUUGACAUUUUCCAGUUUAUGAUUUGGGAUAUGACACAAAGCGAAUUCCUCUGUUGUAAUUUAUGGCAUACUUUAUAACAGAGGGUCACUUUGGUAAUUCCCUACAGAAUAUUUAUAACUUCAUUUGAUAAUUUUAUUCCCAUGAAGUGCAAAUAUGAUGCACCCAUCUGCGUUGAUCUAGAGUGCCUGUGUUUAAUGUACAUAUUUUUGCAAAUAAUUUGAAUUGCAUAACCUACAUUUUAAAGGAUGACUUGUUAAAAUAAGUCCUAAUGAAAAUGCACCUCUUUAACAAUGAAGUUAAAUGUGAAAUAAGGCCAAAUUGGCAGCGCAUUCAUUGUAUGUUGGGCCUAUAGAUAGGACAGAUGGUCAUAAUUUUAAUCCCACCACACCAGGGAUAAUCAAGCCACUUAAAUGUGUGAACCAAGAUUUGUUAAUAGAUCUCUUACACAUUGUGACAUUCAGGCCUUCUUUUGUGCUCUCAAGCAUGCGUGCACAUCAUAGGCUUGCAUGUGUACACACGUUGAAAUGCAUUCAAUGUAUUUACGCAUGCUCACUCGUGUUGCAUGUUAGUUGGUGUCUUUGUGCUGGGGUUUGUUUGUCUGUGCAUGCCGUGCAAGUGCGUGCAAACGGUUGGAUUCUUUCAAAUCUGUUUAGUCAUUUGCGUCUAUAUGUGUUAGUUUGUCUUUGUUAUGCGCUUACGUUUUCUUGAUCAUGUGGGGUUUGCUGAUCAGUAUGUAAAUGGCCACACUUUUUGUUCCAUGUACUCCCAUUUCAUCGAGAAUUCAGGAAUUUGUAAACAAUAUAUAUUAAGGGACAUUUCCAAAUUGAGCUAAACUGCCACAAGUUAAUAUUUAUUAAGUCAAUGAUACCAUGUCUUAUCACAUGUUUUCAAUGCAGUAAGUUGAAGGCAUGGCUAUAAAAAAAAACUGGCAUGAAUAAAAGAUUUGGUCACCAAUUUCCAAAUUCACACAUGACGACAUUGUUUAAUAAUAUACAUUUAAACAUUUGUAUUCGCAAAGUUCAUUCUAAAUUUUAUAAUAUAAAUAUUAUUAGGUAGAACAUUUUACAAAAUUAAAUAAAAAAAUAAGCUAAUGGUACAAAUAAAAUACAAUUAGAUUAAUGUCAAGUUAUAUCUAUAUUCUUUUUAAACAGAGGAGAAAUAAAUAAUAGCUGGUAUUGAUGAGUGAUUUACCAUGGCAGUUACUUUUUCCCACCAAAGAAUAUGAUCGACAACAAAAGGGACUGGGUGAAAAUUAAUUUACAAUAACACAUUACGUUAUCACAAGGUGGUUGUGUCCUCUGAAAGGGGUACUGGGUGAACUGAGGAUCAUUUAUUCCAUGAUAAUGCUGAACCGUUGUAAAUGCAGUGUCGUAAAAGAGCAGGAUUGUUUCACAGUGGUUUUGAUAAUCGCCGAUUAGGCUCAUGUUCAGAAUUCCAGGCAUCGAGUCCGUUGUCACAAAUUGACAUGAGGUCUUGUUGCUGCCAGUAAUUCCUUUAGGGGCUUUUGUGGACAGGCGAGCAGCUAUUUUCAGUUAAAAAUUCUGAAACAUUACAUCAUUUUGCACAUGUUUGUCGUGACGUGCUGGCUUGAUAGACCAAAUUUAAAUCCACGUGGACUUAAAUAUAACUCAACCUGGAACUGCACAAAAAUGAAAAGAAUCUUUAUCCGUAUAACUGGUCAAUUAUGUAUGUCUAAAGUAGUGAAAUUAAUAUCAUGACAAUACAGUUUUUGAUUUGUAUAGCAGCCAAAUUCUGUCGAAUAUUAAAAGAAUGCGAGUAAAUCUUCAAAACAAUAUAUUGGGUUUAUAUCAGCAUGUCUUAUAUAAAUACAACGUUCGGAAUUAAUUGGUUCAUACAGUUCAUUCAAAUUUUUCGAUAAAUUCAUUUUCAAAUCCUUGACUUUUGACGGACGGAAAGCCGCUACAACUGAGAUAAAAUUGUGCCACUUACGAAUUGUUAAUUUCAAACGUGUGGAGCGCAGCAGCGAUCGAGACCUGCAGAUCCACCGGUUUUGCCGGGCCUGUUGAUGAAGUACGUGUUUACUUGAAAAACUAAAUGAUAAUAACCUGUGGUGGUCCCAUUUCAAUUAGACACAUUUUUUGAGAUCCUGAACGUAUUGUUUCCUUCAGUUAUGACCCAAACUUCCACAUUGUACUAUAUAGUUACUAAUUGUGUAUUCAAAAGUGUUAAAUGGCAGCUUGGACCAUUAAAAGCAUAUUAGUAAAACCUAUUUAAAUAUAUAUUAUGAACAAUACAUAUUGAGAUUAUUAUGCUUUCAUUUAAGCCAACAUUCUCAUUUGUUUAUCAAAUGGGUGAUUACUAAAGUCCGUUUAAGUAUUCUAUUUAUAAAUUUAAAGUAUUUGGUCACAUUUCUUCAAUCAAAUAAUUGAAGUUUAGGAUGUAAUUUUGUUAUAGGUCUUCAUGGGUGAACCAAUCUCUACAGAACGCCAUGCCACGUGUCGAUGCUGUCUGGUGACCUUGCAGUGUUUACCGGUGUAUGUGUGGGUUACUGUUGACUUUGCUUUUCGCAGUGCUUAUACUGAUGGCUGUUUGGGAAAACAAGAGAAGUGUCAUUCUGAGUGUGCUGGAAACACCCAAGAAUACCCAUCCUUAAAUAUGUUUGUUCGUCAUUAUUUAUGUUAUACCCAUAAGCAGUUACCAUGGGAAUGGAAUUGUGUACUAAAAGGGACUUGAUAAAAGCACACAUUUUUGUGGAGGAUUUAAAGAUGUCUAUAUCAGCCCGUCAUUUACCCAAGCCUCCUGAACCUUAUCUAAAGCAGUGCAUUUCAACAUAAUUUCGGGACUUUGCUUUACCCCUGCUCUUCUGAGUUGUGGUUUUCUCAUACUUGAUUAAGAGUAACAUCUUAAAGAGAAAACCAAUAGUCUUCGGGGCAUAUAUAUUGUUGUCUAAGCAUGUUGCAGUUGGCAAAGCCAGAAGUGGUUGAUGCAUGCAAGUUCUGGCGAUAUCUGGGGCUUGAAUCCCACAAUCCUACCAGCAAUGAAACCUGGUUCUCAGGUGUAACAGGUCUGGCCGGUAGCCGACCAAAAACCGCAUUCAAGUUACAUUUAAUUAUAUUACGUCCGACUACGUUUACAUAUUUAGCUAAUAUUUACUGAGUGAUGAGUUCUUGUCAGAACAGCGUAUAGUGAUUGAGAGCUGGACAUUAUACAUAUCAAAGUCCUGUCUUUUCUGGCUCAAGUAUAAUAAAGGUAUCCAAAAUAGUAGAGAACGUUGAUUCACUCUCGACAAAGAUCAUGCGUGUACAAGGACAACAUACAAUUUGUGAAAAAUUGUGGUAUUGACUAAAAAAACAUCCAUUAACAAAAAUGCGACUGCAAAUUGUCAGCAGUAAUUAGAAACCUCAUGCAGUAAGAAUCGUGGCCCAUAUGUGCUUAAACAUCCAAUUGACAGCUUUUUUUAAAAUAAUCCUCCCAGUUCAUGGGAAUAUGUGACCUUUCCAACGUUCUGUUUUCCUUUUCACGGAGAAGCUGAGAUGAUCUGGCUUGUAUAAACACAGGGCGAAUAUUGGCAGGCGAAAGUUCUCGGCCACUGUCAAGGACGUCAUGUUUUAUUUUGCAGGAUAAACACAACAUAAACGGGGCUUUGUCCACGAUGGUGACACGUGCGUUCGUAUUAACGCGGUCGUGAUGAGAGCCAUUAGAAGCUGCGCUGCCUGUUGCAAGUAAAAUGUUUUAAUACGUAAGGGUUGUGUCAAUAGGUGCAUAAAUGCACCGACAAAAAUACGAAUCACGAAUACAUUCAUGACUAUUACUAGAAACUGGUUACAUAUGCGUAGCAACCCCCUUAGGCUUGGUAAAUGUAAGCUCAGCUUUCAUGCAGGCCUCACUUCUCACGUGCUUACUAUUUGGUGGAUUGGUUCUGAUGUGAAAAAAGUGUUUCACAGCUGCAAAGUAUUGAUCAUCAUAUUUCACCUACAAACGUGAGAUACAGCUUAUGUAAAUAGAUUGUAAUGCGUCGUUCUGCCCUAUGUAGCCUCACAGCAGCAGGUACAGCGACAUUAUUACAACGUGGUGUUUUACAUUUGGCAUUCGCUUGUUCGCAUUCAUACAUCCUGGUUGAUCACUGCUAUUUUUCGUGCAGAACUAAAAAAGUGGAACUUUAUCAUUUUUUUCUGAUAACACAGUCCGUUUGAUUUGUAGACGUUUAAAUGUGACACUAAGCUAGUGGUUGGCCUGAACUUAUGCAGAGAGUUGAGUCUUGAGGAAUUUCCUGUCUACGUCCAGUCUGGGUCCUUAAUUCAUUGCAGUUCAUGGAUCACUUAAUGAAGGGAGUCACUCUGCUUGGUUCUUAGCAAUGCACCAAAGGCACUUUGAUGAUAGGUAAACUUCAUCAUGAACACUUUUUCCAGUAGAUGGCAUAGUCUGUUCAUAGUAAAAACACAACUCUAUCGUGUUCAGUGUAUCACAGUGCGUAAAUGCUUAAUUAUUACCCAGGAAAGCCUCAUUACGUCUCAAUGUAUGGACAUAGCUAAUUCUGCAGUACGCGCAUCCAAAUCGACCCUCUGCUCGUGUGCUGCAACAUUACAUUAAAAGUAGAGCACCCUUGCCUAAAAGCGAGAGUUCUUAUGAGACUACACAUGCAUAUUGUGCACUGGUAUUAAGUCAUCAAUCACAUUGACUAUUUGAUGUGUGUAACUAGGUGUACGGAGGGACUACAUAUUCAAUAACAAUUUAAAUAAUUGUUCAUGCAUUUUAUGGCGAAUGUCAGCUUUCGUCAUCUUCAACCAAUUAUAAUCUUCGUCGGCGAGAAUGAAUAGUGUGCAGGUUGAAAUGAUAUUUAAGGGAAUUUACAUCGUGGUGAAAUACAUUUAGGAACCAUGUGGUGGGGGGGUCAACCGAGUUUUCUGGUGCAACUGCAUUUCACUCUUUGCCUCUUGUUGGCACUGUAAUGUAUGCAGCCUCAAUUUACCAAAAGUGAAAGCGUCUCCUUUUUUUCUUUCUUGGCAGUGACACAACAUACCUUGAGGGUAUGCAACGUUCGUGGCGAGUUUUCCUUCCCAUGCUGUACAUUUAGACACAUUACACCACAGGGAUCAUUGUAACUUAUCAACAUUUACACAAGCGCACAAACCAUACAAUACGGGGAGGGGGGGGGGGGAAUGGUGUCAAAAUGAAUGUACCUCUGUCUGACAUAGCACGAGGAUGAGAGAUAAAGAGAGCAUACGCUUUGGAAAUGUCGAUAGUGUUGAAUGAUCCCGUAGCUAUGCGUUGCUAAAGUCCUGUCGUGAGUAAAUAGCUUUUGAAGUCGGUCGAAUGCUCGCUCUCCUGUGAUGCAUUUAUAUAGUAUUACCGUUACCACCGCAUUGUACCACUGCAGGAUUUUCCUCAGUGCCUUUAGAGCUUUCGUUUAGACUUUGGAUUAAAGUAACAGAUUCUAUGCAAAAGGUAAAUUCUAAAUGUGCGCCUUUGUUUCAUAGCAGAUGUGUGCCGUGUACUAUAUUUCGUUUUGUAUAUAAUGUAUAUCUGUAAUAUCCUAUGUGUAAUGCACCGUUACGUUGGCGUUUAUCCUUGUAUUGACAUCUUAAUUGACCCACAAUGCUUUGUGUAAUAUAUUUUGUAAUUUGUUUAAGCGUCAUUGUACAUUGCAUAUAUAUGUUUGUCUUGUAACCCUACACCUGCCCAUUUCUACCGAAUGUAUUUUGAAAUGGGCUUUUAAUGACUCUGUGUAUGCUUGUCUGAAUGAAAGGUGUACAUUGCUGGGUGAUUAAAUGACGUGGCUUUGC